UUCUAGUAGUAACAUUUGAUAGCACUUGCUGGACGACGAAGGACAGGGUUUGAAGGCAUAUGAAAUCCACGAUGCACCUUUUAUGGCUUUGUUCAGUAUUUUUUGUGCAACUUGCAGCUUUACCACUUUUUGAUGAAAUCCCACAUGGAUCUUUAAAAGCAAAGAUCGAGCUUGAUAGAAAUGCUGCCUCCAGAGCCAAACGCUCGACAGCUGAUGAGCUGCCCUCCUUUCUACAUCUUCGAGUGAAGGCUGAGGGUAAAGACGUACCCCUGAGGCUACGACGAACACCCGCGAUACGAUCCACUGUCCUCAGUCUUGACGGGCUGCGGGAUCACACUUUGAACACACAGAAUGCUGGCGUUUACACCGACCGCGAAAGUGGCGCCUCCCUCGUGGUCAAGAAACGAUCGGCAGGAGAAGAGACAUAUGAUGUGGAGGGUAGCCUGGUGUUGGACGGCCAGGAAGUAAACAUUGUACCACUCAACCGCUUCAGAAGAGAGAAUGGUGAUGCUGGUGAUCAUGUGAUUCACAAGAAUGUCGAGAAUGUGAAUAACACGGGGGAUGCCAUCCCCAACCCUAACCCUCUCCCGCCUAAUCCCCCUAGCAACGACCAAGAUGAAGAUGUGAGGAGGAGACGCCAGGUAGACCAACACAUUGUGGAGGUCAUUUUUGUCGUCGAUGCCAGGGAUUUCGAGAGAUGGACUGAAAAACUUCAGACAACACAGGCGGAUGUUCUCAGUCAAAUGAACCUGUACUAUACCGCCGUAGCUGCAUCGAUGAACGAUCGUUUCGUUAAUGUCCAAAGUGUUCCUGGUUCAACUCUGAGUAUUGCCAUUGAGGUUACAGAGAUUCGAAUAAUUACGGAUCCAGCUUUGUCCAACUUCACCAGCGCCUCCGGCGACAGCGCCACCAACCUGUUGGAUUCCGAGACUGCUCUUAACCAAUUCAAAAGUUGGGUUGAAGCCCAGGAUUUUACCAGCCUACCCAAGAACGAUCAUUACAUGUUGUUUUCCGGGUAUGACUUGUCAAAUGCUGGAAAUUCUGGACGAACAGGUGUCGCGCUGAGUGAGUCAGUUUGUGAGAGAGACUCCGUCUCUGUUGUUGAAAACAGUUUCGCAGGAGCUACACCCGCUACCGCUGCCCAUGAACUGGGACACAGUCUCAACGGCGACCACGACGGUGAGGAUAGCGCCGUCUCUUGCACAGAGAGCAACUUCAUCAUGGCGUCUAUACUGCAGUUCGUAACUCGCGACACCAGCUCCAGGCCAUGGACGUGGACACCCUGCUCAGUCAGCAGCUUUGCUGAGUAUCUCGGACGUGCAAGUGUUACCUGCACCAAAGAAGACAACGUUGCGUCCAGCGUCGACUUCAGCAGUGUGAGAUACGGUCAGCAGUACUCGCCCGACCAGCAGUGCCAGAACAACGUCGGAGCGGACUUCUGCAGGCCUGCGUACAACGGAACCACAUACGAUAGCCUCUGCUACAUCAUGUGGUGUUACCUGCCCGGCUCCACCAAUCAGUGCACGGCUAUGUACCCCAUGGAAUACACCACGUGCGGUAACAAAAAGUGGUGUGUUCAAGGACAGUGCGUGGCGGACCCAGCUGCCCCGGCGGCUUAUGAUGACUGUCCCCACGGAGAUGACACCAAGUUCUCCUGCAGCAGUGGUAUCUGCUCCCAGUUGACCCAGCAGACCAGAGAGCAGUACUGCUGUGAAACGUGUAAUGCAAACCCUACAACUGUAGGCCCAACAACUAGUGCUACAACAACUAGCCCCACAACUAGUGCUACGACAAGUGCAACGACUAGCGCAACCACUAGUGCAACCACUAGCGCAACAACAAGUGCAACCACUAGCGCAACGACAAGUGCAACCACAAGCGCAACAACAAGUGCAACCACUAGCCCAACAACUAGCGCAACGACAAGUGCGACCACUAGUGCAACCACUAGCGCAACAACAAGUGCAACAACUAGCCCAACAACUAGCGCAACGACAAGUGCGACCACUAGUGCAAUCACUAGCGCAACGACAAGUGCAACAACUAGCCCAACAACUAGCGCAACGACAAGUGCAACCACUAGUCCGACAACAAGUGCAACCACUAGCGCAACGACAAGUGCAACCACUAGCGCAACGACAAGUGCAACAACUAGCCCAACAACUAGCGCAACGACAAGUGCAACCACUAGUCCGACAACAAGUGCAACCACUAGCGCAACGACAAGUGCAACCACUAGCGCAACGACAAGUGCAACCACUAGCCCGACUACGAGUGCAACAACUAGCGCAACAACUAGCCCGACUACAAGUGCAACAACUAGCGCAACAACUAGCCCGACUACGAGUGCAACAACCAGCGCAACCACAAGUCCAACGACGAGUGCAACAACAAGUCCAACAACUAGCGCAACAACUAGUGCAACCACAAGUGCAACAACUAGUGCAACAAGUGCAACAACAAGUCCAACAACAAGUGCAACCACUAGCCCAACAACAAGUCCUACCACGAGCCGGACAACUAGUGCCACAACUACCCCUGAUCAAAGUCAGUCCAAUAGCGGCGGCAGCUCCAGCGUGGAGAACCGGCCGCCCCAGUUCAACUCCAACUACUGCCGCGUAUAUCGUUACUACAACUGGUGUUACCAACGCUGGUACCAACCUUGCUGCCGAUGGGCUCAACGCCCUCAGAAUAACCAGUGGUGGUGGCGUCGUCGUAACAACCGCCGUAACAAUGGAGGGAACUUCUUUAACAACGCUCGCAACAACGGCAUGAAUAACGGCUGGAUGCUCAUGGGAGGAGAUGAUGCCUUCGAAUUCGACUGGUAACACGGCCUUGAGUGCCUUGCUUUCUGUGAUCCGGUCUGGUCAAAAAGUAAUUUCGGAAAACUCUGUGAUCAAUCUUGUUAAAUUUAAUUAAACCUAUUUCUCAACAAAAUGUCUUUUGAUUAACAUAAAAACUGUUUUGUUGAAGUAAUUUAAAAGCGUUUGAAUCAUCCAGAUGAAGUAUUUUGAAACGUCUUUGUUUUGACUCGGGCCAUGCAGACCAAGCGAAUCUUUGAAUGAAACUGACGAUGCAUGUCUCAAAACAUCCACAAUUCUACAGCAAAUCCAUUUCUGUUUGACUUUUGUUUAUAGCCAGUGUGUCCAUUACAAUAUCAUUUCUCAAUAUUUACUCUCAUUUACGUUCGUUUUAAUUAGAAUUAGACCCCAGAUGUGGUAAAGAAGGAAGAGUUUGCAAGUAAAUCUGGUUGGGAAAUAAUCAUUUUCACAUAGUCGUAAUCAUUAUAUGUAAAUUCCAUCUGGGGAUGUUGAUGAUUGUUUCCUCCAGAUGAUAUUGUUUGAAAAUAUGUGGAUACCCGGUAGACAUCGACGAAACUUCAAAGUUUCGAGGUAUCAUGUCAAAAUUUAAUAACGUGAUAUAUUCUGUAGAAGUUGUAACUUCAUAAGUGUUUGAAAAGUAUGGUUGUCAUUCAUCUGAGUGAUAAAUCCAAUAUUGUAAACGAGAUAAAUAUCAUAGUUUCAGAAGAUUUCAACAUUGUGUGUAUUUGUUCAUUGUAAGCACCAGAUAUGUUUAUUAGUUGUACAUGUGUAUUAUUUGGAAUUGUUUGCUCAAUAUGCCUGCCUGUUCGUGUUGUGUACUUCAGAUUUGUUUAUUUUUAUAUAAUUUAAUCUACUCUUGUCACUAUCAUGAGAAUAAACGCCUUAUGACAGUAA